AAACGACACGGGCCAUCUGAGAGCUGAAUCGCAGGGGAUCCGUGUGUGUGUGUAGUUUAUACACUUAUUUCCUUUACUCAUAUUUUACAUGGAAUGAAUUGAGAGGUCCGUGUGAUGCUCGUUACGUCAUUAAACCGCGACACUGACUUCCUCCUGCACCACUGAGCUGAAAUCUAUACGAUACAGUGUGUCUUUAUUUAUUUAUUUAUUUUGAUAACAUCAGCGCUGAAUCCGGCGCGUUUGUUGACGUGUUUGUUCGUGUCCAUGUUUCUUCUUUCGCUUUCGUGUCCACACUCGGGCUCCAGUUUGAGAUGAGAAUGGCGCAGGAGCGCGAGGCCGGAGACGCGGACAUGGGCACCGGGGACUGGGCGAGGUGCGGCGCCGGCGGGGGCGAGCGGGGAAGUCGACAGCGGCGCUCCGGAGACACCGAGGUGCAGGUGCGGGCCGUGAGGGCGACGCUGAUGGACUCCCUCGGGCCCCACGAGCGGCUCGUCGCCUACCUGCAAGCGGUGCUUCUGUGGGAGAGACCCGUGCACAGCGUGGUCCUUUUCACUCUCACCAACUGCGGCUUUUGGUUCUUCGCAUUGAGCUCGCUGAGGUUGCUCUUCCUGUCGGCGUCGGGACUUGCUCUGGUGGUGUGCGUCGACACGUGGAGGAGCACGAUUUGGUCCAAGAUCAAAGCGAGGCGUGUGGAGGAGAGUGAAAAUGAAAGUUGGGGUCUGGUACAGCCUGGCACCCUGAGCGUACCCGAGUUGUGCCACUACAUGGCCGAGGUUUGGGUGAGCGUGUCCUCGUGUGCUGCAGAUCUCAUCGAGUUUAAAAGACACAACCCUGGACAGUUCUGCGUGCUGGUGUGUGGAGUGUUCUCUUUCCUGGCCAUGGUGGGGCGCUACAUCCCCGGAGUAAUCCUGUCUUAUGCUGCUGUUUGGGGCGUGUUGUUGUGUCCGCUGGCGAUCUAUCACCGGCUGUGGCAGCGUGUGUGUGUGAGGCUGGAGCCGGCCCUGCAGUGGCUGGACUUCAGCGUCAAAGGCUACAUGAUGUCCAAGCCAAUAGACAACCAGUUCCUCCGUCGAUCGAUCAGAAGCGCCGCCUCGGGUGACGCCAGCGACAGCGAGGAAGAGCUCGCUGCCUUCUGCCCUACAUUUGACGAAGCUGCGGUUGCUAGGGAAUUAGCCCUGACUGAUUCGGAGCACUCGGAUGCUGAAGUUUCGUACACAGAAAAUGGCACCUUUAACCUUUCCAGGGGGCCGACCCCUCUCACUGAGGGCUCCGAGGAACUCGACAGGCACAGUGACCCAGAGGAGUCGUUUGCGCAGGACCUCCCAGACUUCCCGUCUAUAAACCCGGACGCCACGCUGAUGGAUGACGACGAUGAUCCAAGCCUCGGGUUGCCCAGCUUGGGGUCGGCCGGCAUCUCGGGCACCCGCGCUUCCGUUUCGUCCGCCCUGCUGGACUUGGACACGCAGAUGGACUCGGACCAGGACGACCUCGAUACUGACCUCUCGCUCGGCGGCUUUAAUGUGACCUCGGCCCUCACCGGCGAUCUAGCAGGCAUCCUGGCCAGCAACAUGAUCCAGGCGGCUCUCUCAGGUGCCAUGCAGGCCCCGCACGCGUACAGGAAACAGUCGAGCUCGGAGCUGGACUUGGACCUGGACCUAGACCAGGACCAGGACGACUUUGAGCUGCUGGAUCAGUCUGAGCUCAACCAGAUGGAUCCUUUAGGGGGAUCAGGGGCAAGAGGAAGCGGCCAGAACAGAGCACAGGGUUCCAGCUUCUUGUCCAAUCUGCUGGGGAAGCCACAGUGAGCCCUGUGUGUGUGUGUGUGUGUGUGUGUGUGUGUGUGUGUGUGUGUGUGUGUGUGUGUGUGUGUGUGUGUGUGUGUGUGUGUGUGUGUGUGUGUGUAAUUACACAGGUCAUGAAUGUCCUAUUAGGUUCCACUAGUCAGUGGCUCCAAUCACUGUGAAAGUCGUUUUUUUUUUUUUUUUUUUUCUUUCUGUUUUUCUUUCGUAGGCACAGCAAUAGUACGCAGGAGAGAUCUUACCGAAACCAGCAUAGCGAACGCCAAACCUUUUGAAAAGCUCUGAAAGCUAACAGACAAUGAGCCUUAUAUUAUAAACCUCUCCAAGGCAAAAAAAAAAAAAAAAAGUCUGUACAGUCAGCAUUGUUUUAACACGAUACACUCACGAUGGGACCAAUCCACACAUUCCUGUAUAGACCGCCCCACCACCCCCACCCCCCGUGGCUCACAUACUUCCGAUAACCCGGAACGUGCAACACGAACGCUGCUGAUUUAACAAACAAAUCCUAAUUACAAACCCAUCAUUGAAUCCUCACUAUUCCUGUUCUACGAAUUAAAAAAAAAUAAAUUAUAAUUUUUAAAUAUUUAAAAAUAAAAGGGAAAGAGCAGUAGAGUCGAAUCGAUCGGCAGGUUUAUUUCUAAAUAUUUUAUUUAUUUUCUGUAUACAUACACACACUGUAUAGUCAAAAGUAUUUGGACACCUGACCAUGAAAUUGCUAUGUGCACCUUUUUUUUUUUUUUUUUUAUAUAAAUAUUCUAUUCCAAAUGCAGUUCCUAAUUGCUCCAUAAAAUAACCUCCACUCUUCUGGGAAGUUGUUCCUAUUUUAUUUUAUUAUAUAUUUUUUUGAAGUGUGCUUGUGGAGAUUUGAGGUCAAGAUCUUCCACUCCAACCAAUAGAUAGCAGAUCUUCAUGGAGCUGUGCACAUUGUCAUGCUGGAACAAGUUUGGCCCUCCUAAUUCAAAUUCAACCGAUGCUCCCGCAUCCAAAGACACAUUCUCCAACUUCGUGGUAACGGUUUGAGGAGGAACCAGAUAAUUGCUGGAAAAGUCAGGUGUCCCAAUACUUUUGUUUAUAGAGUGCAUAUGGAAUUUUUGUGUGAUUUUUAAAUUAUUUAAAUUUGAGAUCAGAGAUUUAAUCGUUAUUUUGAAACAUAUCGCGAGGCCUGCCAUUGGAAUUUUAUGGAAGUCCUAAGAGGACAUGCAUCAUUUUUAUUUUCUUGUUUUCUCGUUAUAACGACUUUAUUUUCUCGUUCCUCGUAAUUUUUCUGUGUAAUCGGCAUGUUCUAGAGGCAGCAUCACGGCUGAACAUAACCAUUCAUGUCCUGAUCAUGACAAAACAUGAAAGGAAAAAAUAUAUUUUCUGAAAUGCGCAUAACGGCUUAGGAAAGUGGAAGCUAUGACGUUAAAGCUCUGGGUUACCGAUCGGAAGUUGCCACUCUUUGGCUCUUGAUAAAGGCCCUUGACCCUUAACCCAGGGACGAUGCAUCAUGGCGAACCCUGUUAUUAAUGACGAGACGCAGAUUGUUUUUGCAGUUGUAGAAAAAGAAUUCCGGUGGUUCAUGCUUCCCCCGAACUAUCCUGUCUGCAAAGCUUACAAGGUGAAGGAGAAAUCGCCGACAUAUGCAUGCUUUUAUAGCCUCUGCGAUCAAUAUAAAGAUGUCGAACGGUUUUGCUGUUUCAGAUAAAGGCUUCAUGGAUUUACUCGAUCAGUCUUGCAGUUAUCCAAUCAGCCAAUCAAGAUGCAGACAUGUUAAUGGUGAGUGGGAAUAGGGCAGGUGAUGAGGGGAUUUGAAUAUUUCAGAAACUGUUGAUCACCAAAGAAAAUACUACAAUACAUGAGGAACAUUAAACUGAAGGACUACUUAUAACUGCUCAACUCGUAGCCAAAUAGAAAAAAGCCACCUGGCAUGAUGUUAAAAUAAAUAAAUAAAUAUACAAACAAACCCCUGUCUGGUUGGGGAUCCCUGGUCUAGAAAACAAAAUUUCACUGAACACCUUUUUGAUAAGCGAUGUGUAGAUUAAUCCUCAUAACCGCAUGUUUGGUGAACCGAAAGCAUCAUCAUGAACAAUACAUUGAACUUGAAGUUAAUUGGCUGCAGGAGCCACUCAUUUAAAUCAGAAACAGGAAUGCUGCAGGCACAGAAAUCGGACAUUGGCUGAUUGGAUAAAUACACGAUUUUGUACGAGGAUCUGUUUUUAGAGUAUUAAUCGAACCCGGGCCUCGUGCUGUAGUUCCUCUCCGGAUCAAUCGCGUGUGCUACUUGAGAAUAUAAAGUGGUGUGUUGUGGUGCAGUGAUUCUACAUUUGUUUGGUUGCUGUGGGUUUUUUCGGUUUGUUUAUUUUUUUUUUUCCUUUUCACGUUAUUCUUCUGUACCGCAUGCCCUUGAUGUUUCAGCUUUCUAUAAAGGAUCCACACAUUCGGGGUCGUUCUGUUGGAUUUUUAAUUUUUUGCUGUACAGGAGAAAUUUGCUGACCUUCACUAUAGAUGUGUGUGUAUAUAAAUGAAGACGGUCGGAAUAAAGGCUUCCGCAGACGUGACGUGAACAUGUUUCGCGCACAUAAAGGUUUUUCCUUGAACAUUCGCCAGCGUGUGCAGAACCUGCGUCCUGAAAUCGUGCUUUAAAUUAAAAUAACAAAAGUUAUCACUUAUGUUAUUGCAGCUAUAAACUCACCAGCAACUCACUUUUCACUUGGAACGAACAUUAAAAAACCUACACAACA